UAGCGCUGGGUGAGAUAAGGGGUGAUUUUGAUCGCAUAACUUAAUUCGCUCCAUUGUUUUGUCUUGAAGCAGUUGUUUGCAGACCGACACAGGAAGCUCAAUGUCGGUGGCAAACGCGAAGCUAAGUGUCCUGAAGCCGGUGAUCCCAUAUACAGGAUCUAUUCCUGGAGGCCUGCACCCUGGAGAGACCAUCAUCAUUCAGGGCACUGUACUAUCAAAUGCUGACAGGUUCCAGAUUGACCUAUCCUGUGGCGGCAGUACCAAGCCGCCUUCUGACGUGGCCUUGCACUUCAGCGCUCACUUCAAGGGCUCGCCCUGCGUGCGAUGCAACUCCCUGCUGCAGGAGAGCUGGGGCCAAGAGGAGACCCUGCAACAGCUGCCCUAUAAACGCGGGGCCCCGUUCGAAACCAUCAUCCUGGUGCACAAGGACACUUUCAAGGUAGCAGUAAACGGAGCUCACCUCCUGGAAUACAAACAUAGAAUCCCACUAAAUAGGAUCAACACAUUUUCUGUGUCUGGGAAGGUCCAAGUGCAGGCUAUAGGCUACAUCCCAAACUCUGCAAUAUACUCAGAGUCUAGUGACUUGAGCCUCCCUUACAAAGGCAGUAUACUAAAAGGCCUGAGCCCUGGGCAGCACAUAACCAUCAAAGGACAGAUCAGCAUGUAUCCUCACAGUGUUACAGUGAACCUCUGCAACAGCAGAACAGAGAGCAUUGCUCUUCACCUGAACCCUCGCAUGAAAUCCAGCACAUUCAUCAGGAACUCAUACCUGAAUGAAUCCUGGGGUCAGGAGGAGAGGGAGUUGGUCUUUUUCCCUUUUUCUCCUGGAGAGUAUUUUGAGAUUCUCCUCCUCUGCCAGGCACAUCAGUUCAAGCUGGCGGUGAACGGCUUGCACUUGUUUGAGUUUAAACACCGGGUUCAGGACCUGAGCACCAUCGACCUGCUGGAGAUAAUGGGAGACCUGGAGCUUAUGGAUGUCAAACUGUGGUGAUCUAGACAGUUGCUUUACUUGAGUUUCAUCACACACAUUUAUUUUAGAAGUUGUGUUGAUGUGACUUCAGUCUUUUAAGAUGUGUUCAGACUGCAGGCUUAUCUGAUUCUAAUCUGAUUCCUUCUCAAGUCUCGAUUUUCGGGCUGACUCGCCGAACUGUUUUUAGCAAGUAUUGUUGCGUUUUCGUUCAAGAUGUCUAUUGUUGAGCAAAGAAAACAAAGAUGUGGAGUAAUAGUUGGUUCCUUAUUUGCAAGACCUUGGGUUGAUUUAAUACUUCAAUAAAAAGGGAACAAUGUUCGUCACAGUUCACAUUCA